AUGGUGGACACAACAUUUAGUAUAAAAGCUCAAUAUAAGAAACUUCAAGGUGGUCCUAGCAGGCAGGCUCCAUGGGUUCAGCCUGUAUGGAACAUAUUUUCAACACCAAAGCAUAGAUUUAUUCUAUGGCUGGCUGUUCAGAAUAGAUUGAAAACCAAAAGUAGACUUCUGCAAUUUGGUCUGAGCAAUGAUGACAGCUGCCCAGUUUGUAUGCAGAGUACUGAAAACAUACAACACCUAUUCUUUGAAUGUGUGUUUAGUAACUGCUGUAUGAGAGAGAUUAUGGCUUGGCUUGGAUUUAAUUGGAGGAGGAAGAGCCUUUUUCAAACAUGUCGCUGGAUGAGAAGCAGGUACACUGGCAACAGAUUCAAGAGACAAGUUGGUCUAGCUGCGUGUGCAGCUGUAGUUUACAAGGUGUGGCUGAACAGAAACAAAGCUAUCUGGGACCAGAAUGUGAAUACUAUUUAA